AUGACAGACGUUCUUUCUGAGAUAGAGCAAGACUCUGCGUCGGCCUAUGAAGUUUCAGAGAGUGAGAAUGCCUCAUCAGAUCAGGAGAAGAAUAACAGAUCUCGCGCUUCCAGCAGCAAUAGAGCUAGAAACGGAGUAAAGAAUGCAAUUCGCGGACUCAGUACUGAAAAUAAGGUUGGACAUCAAGAAGAGUCCAAUCUGCAGUCUUCACCAAACCCGAGCUCGGAUGAGAGGUUUCAGAACGAAGCUCGUGAAUGGGCAACAAAUUUCGAACCCCCAAAGUCAGCGGAGGAUAUUAGAUCACCGCGCAGGCAUGGUCCACACAAAAAGAGGAAACCUUCACAAGUUCCUCCAACUGAAGCCAGAGUAAAACGACUGCGAGCUUAUCACAACUCGGAAUUUCGUGAUGUCCUCAAUAUUGAUAUCAGCGACGUUGUUCACAGAUCCAUACGUGAAAAGAAGGAUGCAUUUCACAAGAGUCAACUUGGAGCGUCAAUCUGGACCUCUUCAGAAAAGGAACUGUUUUUCGCGGCAUUAGAGAGACUUGGGAGGGCCGACGCUCGAGGGAUCGCACAGCGUAUUAGGACUAAGUCUACGCUUGAGGUUCAUGAAUAUUUGCGUCUCCUUGAUGAAGGUGGCCGGGGCCGGGAAGAGAAAGACAAGAGCAUACCCGAAUCUGAACUGUGGCUCGACAUGCCCGCUGCUUUUGAGGUUAGCGAAGAAUGUUGUCUUUUAUUGGAGAGGGCAGGAGAUGCUCUUGCUUCUCACGAGCAACAGCAUGAAGAGAAAGUCGAGAAGGAGAAGUGGGGAGACUGCUGGCUAGUAAACAAAGCCAUUAGCCAACAGCUCGCAAAACGCAACCAUGAUGGAGAAGAUGAAGCAUGGUUUCGCGAAGUUCUUCCAGCUGCCAAUUUGUUUGAUCUCAGAAAUUGGAUAAAGCUAUCUCGGGAAGUGUUUAUGAAUCCGGCUUUCCCACGGGAAGAGGAGAACUGGCAGGCUCUGGCUGAGGCUGCUGAGCAACCUGCUAUCAGAGCUACGGCCCUUGAAGACUUUCACUCUCUUGCCGUGAAUUUUACCAAACGCCUGAUUUCCACCACCUUUUUCUGUACAAUGUCCCGACAGCGAGCCAUGUCAGCGAAAAACAAUACUCAUGGCGACGUAACGCGCGACGAUGUUGAUGCAGCUAUCCAGAUUUUAGGGAUUAAGCCAGAUAGCUACGAAUUUUGGCUGAAAUGUCCGAGGAGAUGUAACUUGUCUAUCAUAGAUCCCGAGGAAAGCGAUAGUGAAGGGGAAUCUUUGACCUACGAUGAAGUAGAAGACUCAUUGAGAAAGAGCCACCGUCGACGCUCUCGCUCUCGUUCUAGAAGCCAUUCGCUGCAACCAGAACACCGCAGUGAUAGCUCUACUUCAUCAGAGUCCACCGUGGACUCGGGAGAUGAGACCGAACACGAGCAUCAACACGGUUCUUCACACUCAUCCGGCAACGAUGCUACCGACGUGUCAGAUACUAAUAUCCCCUCCCGCAAGGAAGAAGCAGCCAAACGAGCCCUAGCGAAACAAGAAGGAGAAGAGGCUCAAGAACGUUAUAUUGAAGCUUAUGACAUGGACUCGAGCAAGAUUGAAGAAGCACGACUCUGGACCAUGCUUGAGCAGGAUCCACCAUUCGAGAUGAAAGUCGAGCCUUUGGAAGAGCCUGAGUCUUCUCAACGACCUCGCAGAGGAAGGCAAGAUAUGUCAGCUACAUGGCGGGAUCGAGUCCAAUACUGGAGUCCAUGGGAGACGUUCGAUAAACCAGUUCCAAAGGAGAGUUUCGAGAAGAAUCGAAACAGAGUCUCCAAGUCGGCGAGAAAGUUGGCUGAGAGAUUGAAUCGUAAGGAUGACUAUGUAAGAGCGGACGAAGAUGGUGAAGAUGAUCAAUCUGUCUUACCUGAUAGACCUUCUUCAGAUGAUGGUAUGCCCGAUUUACCCGCCACAAGACAAGAUGAGAAUGAGCACGAACCAAUGGAAGAGGAUUCUAAAAUCGAUCAACAUCAUCAACCAGUCGAAUCUCAAAGCUCUGAUGACAGCAACUCUUCGCGAGAGCAAGCUCGUCAGGAAGCUUCAGAAGAGGGCUCUGAAUCGGAUGCAGAUUAA